CAUUUUUGGAGGUUGGCACCCACUGCGAACCACCAAUCCCAAGAUUCAUACUUCCCAAUAACCAUGUAAUGUGGAGUUGAUCUGUAUUCACCUUUUACUAUUUUUAUCAAAUAAUAGUUUUAAUCAUUGACUGUAAUGUGGAGUUUGUAUUAUUAUUAAGAACUAGAGAGCAAGUGUGGUUAUUUUUUAAAAAGGGAACAUUAUCGUUUAGAUUCAGAAAUCUAAUUUGGAAUCAAAGCACUCCCUUCUAUCUCCCUCUUUUCCUCUCUGUCUGGUUUGCAUUAGUAUACAUACAUAUAAAUAUUCAUGUAUUUGUAUAAGGUCAAUCCCCAGAAGAAGCUGAAGGUCCUUUUUUUUCUGUUGGUUUCUUUGGUUGGAUCUAGAGAAGACAAUCUUAGUUGUGAAACUCAGACACACAUGUUGGGAGUAAUUAUUUGUUGUAAAUUCUGAGCCUUUUGCAGGAGAGGUUAAACUCAGUUUUCAUACACUCAGCUGGGAAAUGAAAAUUAACUGUGAAGCCAACCAGCUGCCACUUUUUAGCAUGUUGCCACUUCUCGGAUUUCUGAAACACAUGUAAAGUGAGCACACUUUGCACACAUUGAAGAUGGAUAUCAAGGAAGCACAAAGGGUGGUCAUUUCCAAACCAGUUGCUUCAAGGCCAACUUGUUCUACUUUCAAAUCUUUCUCAGAGCUCCUAGCAGGUGCAAUCAAUGUUUCUCCCGCUAUUGAAUCUUCUCCAACUACAGUUUCUGCCAUUAGACCAAAGACAGUGAGGUUCAAGCCAGCAAUGAAUCAACCCCCUGCUGGGUUUGUUUCUUCUCAGGCUGAUACUUUUGGAGCUGCACUCGAUAAUUCUUCUGACAUGAGUCCUAAACUUGACACCAAACAGUCCCUCAUAUACAAGCCAACAGCAAAACUCGUGUCAAAGACAACUGUGUCUCUUUUGGCAAAUAUGAAGGGAAAUUGCAGUACUAACACGAGCUCGAAUCUCGAUCAGAGUAUUACCCCGCAAACAGAAACAAAUUAUCAGAGCAGUGAACCUAGUAAGAUGGUGCAGCAGAACAUAGAGGAGGACCAAAAAGCUUUAACAUCCUCAGUGAAUUGUGAUCGACCUUCUUAUGAUGGAUACAAUUGGAGGAAAUAUGGUCAGAAGCAAGUGAAAGGGAGCGAGUACCCGCGAAGUUAUUACAAGUGCACACAUCCUAAUUGUCCAGUGAAAAAGAAGGUUGAAAGAUCAUUUGAUGGGAAUAUUGCAGAAAUUGUUUAUAAAGGUGAACACAACCAUUCGAAGCCACAGCUUCAUAAGCGAAACUCAGCAGCAGGGACACAAGGAUCAGGGGUUAUGUCUGAUGGAAUGGUUCAAGAUAUGUGGAGUAAUAGUCACAGUGAGAGGAACGAAGGCAAUGAAGUUAGAAUUGAGAACACAGGAUUGUCUAUGCAUUCAGAUUAUUAUGUCAAAGUUCCACAGCCUAAUGAUUCUUCAUUAAAUAUUGGUGCAACUAAUGCUGGUGGAGGAAGCAUGGAAAACUCUUGUGGUCUAAGUGGGGAAUAUGAGGAAGGAAGCAAGGGAUUUGAGGCACAGGAAGAUGAACACAGAAGUAAAAGAAGGAAAAAUGAGAAUCAAUCCAAUGAAGCAGCAUUAUCAGAGGAAGGUUUAGUAGAGCCGCGGAUUGUGAUGCAAAGUUUUACGGAUUCUGAAGUUCUUGGAGAUGGCUUUCGCUGGAGGAAAUAUGGGCAGAAGGUGGUGAAAGGCAAUCCAUACCCCAGAAGUUACUUUAGAUGUACUAAUAUCAUGUGUAACGUACGCAAACACGUGGAGAGAGCAAUAGAUGACCCGAGAUCAUUUGUGACUACAUAUGAGGGAAAGCACAAUCAUGAGAUGCCACUCAAGAACACAGGAACUGUAGCAUCUGAAAGAGAUUCACAGGCUUCUCUUAGUAAAGAUAAACCAUGAUUGACACUUCAAUUAGUUAACAAGUAUGAUUCAAUAGCAUUGGCAGACAUCUGAAAUAAUUCAGAGGAUGCAUUCCUUUUAUAUCCUAUAGUAUGCUCAGAAUAAUUGAAGUUGAUCAGAAAGAUCAAGACAUUGACAAUUUCAAAUGCAGUACCUACUUAGACUAGGAUAUUUGUUGAUAAUAACCGUAUUGGUGCUGAUAAAUUGUAUUAUAUAUGGAAUCAAGGGCACUGGCUUAGAGGACUGCCCUUCAAUAACUUUCUAUCUCUGCUAGCUGCCUUUGUAUACAAAAUCGGUAUAUUCUAUUCUAUAUCAUCAUAUAUGCAUUAAUCUGGAGUAUUAUAUA